UACGUCAGGCACGAUAAGGAGUGUGAGCGGGCAUGGAUUCGUCAUUAACUCGUUUCCGUCCUUCUGAAAAAUUAUCCGAUUCGCACAAAUUCAUACACUCUAUUUCUGUCGCGCGUGGGUGAAUGAGGUUCUACAAAAACACGUCACGAUAACUAUUUUCGAACGUCCUUUCUGCGUUCCAUCAGCCGUCGUCCAUCGUCCUCGACACCUCUGAAAGAAGAGUAAGCCGAGGUUAGCUGGAAGAAGACUGAACUACACGCGGAAGGAUGAACGACAUGGAAGCUUACGGUGACGGAUACAUGGAGCCUGAAGAAGAGUGGGAAAGGGAAGGAUUACUCGACCCGGCCUGGGAGAAACAACAGAAAAAAACAUUCACAGCAUGGUGCAAUUCACAUCUCCGAAAGGCUGGGACUUCGAUAGAAUCAAUCGAAGACGACUUCAGAAAUGGUCUGAAGCUUAUGCUCUUGUUGGAGGUGAUUUCGGGUGAAACAUUACCGCGACCUGAUCGUGGUAAGAUGCGUUUCCAUAAAAUUGCAAACGUCAACAAAGCUUUAGAUUAUAUUGCAAGCAAAGGAGUCAAAUUAGUCUCCAUUGGAGCCGAAGAAAUUGUUGAUGGCAAUUUAAAGAUGACACUGGGUAUGAUCUGGACAAUUAUCCUUCGUUUCGCAAUCCAGGAUAUCUCUGUGGAAGAAAUGACUGCAAAAGAGGGUCUUUUAUUAUGGUGUCAACGAAAAACUGCACCUUACAAAAACGUCAACGUUCAAAACUUCCACUUAUCUUUCAAAGAUGGUCUUGCUUUUUGUGCACUUAUUCAUCGUCAUCGUCCAGAUCUCAUUGACUACAAUCGUCUAAGCAAAGAUAAUCCACUGGAGAAUCUUAACACAGCCUUCGAUGUUGCUGAAAAAUACUUAGACAUCCCACGCAUGUUAGAUCCAGAUGAUUUAAUCAACACUCCUAAACCGGAUGAAAGAGCCAUCAUGACCUACGUGUCCUGCUACUAUCACGCUUUCCAGGGUGCUCAGCAGGCUGAAACUGCAGCAAACAGAAUUUGCAAAGUCUUGAAAGUCAAUCAAGAAAAUGAACGCUUGAUGGAAGAGUAUGAAAGAUUGGCCUCUGAUUUAUUGGAAUGGAUUCGACGAACUAUGCCUUGGCUUGCUAGUCGACAAACGGAUAAUUCUCUUGCAGGAUGUCAGAAAAAGCUUGAGGAGUAUAGAACUUAUCGUCGAAAACAUAAGCCACCUCGUGUUGAGCAGAAAGCUAAGCUUGAGACAAAUUUCAAUACUCUUCAGACUAAGCUUAGGCUAAGCAACCGACCUGCUUACAUGCCUACAGAGGGCAAAAUGGUCUCGGAUAUUAAUAAAGCUUGGAAAGGCUUAGAACUAGCAGAAAAAUCCUUUGAAGAAUGGCUACUUUCUGAAAUGAUGCGUUUAGAACGUUUAGAACAUUUGGCACAGAAGUUUAAGCAUAAAGCUGAUGCCCAUGAAGAUUGGACAGCUGGUAAAGAGGAGAUGUUAACUUCUCAACAUUUCCGCCAAUGCAAGCUUAAUGAACUUAAGGCAUUAAAGAAGAAACAUGAAGCAUUUGAGUCUGAUCUCGCUGCUCAUCAAGAUCGCGUAGAACAGAUUGCAGCUAUAGCUCAAGAACUUAAUACUCUCGAAUAUCACGACAGCGCUUCUGUAAAUGCUAGAUGUCAACGUAUUUGUGAUCAGUGGGAUCGUUUGGGAACUCUGACUCAACGUAGACGUCAAGCUCUUGAUGAAGCUGAACGUAUUCUUGAAAAAAUUGAUGUUCUUCAUUUGGAAUUUGCCAAGCGAGCUGCGCCCUUCAAUAAUUGGCUCGAUGGAACACGAGAAGAUCUUGUUGAUAUGUUUAUUGUCCACACAAUGGAAGAAAUCCAAGGUCUUAUGGAUGCUCAUGCAGCCUUCAAAGCAACUCUUGGUGAAGCUGAUAAGGAAUACAAUGCUAUUGUUGGUCUUGUGCGUGAAGUAGAAUCCAUUGUCAAGCAGUUCCAAAUCCCUGGUGGUUUAGAAAAUCCUUAUACUACUUUGACAGCUCUUGAUCUUACAAAAAAAUGGAGCGAUGUCAGGCAAUUAGUACCACAACGUGAUGGAACCCUUCAAGCUGAGUUACGUAAACAACAAAAUAACGAACUUCUUCGAAGACAAUUCGCUGAGAAAGCUAAUGCCGUUGGACCAUGGAUUGAAAGACAACUUGAUGCAGUUACUGCCAUUGGCCUUGGACUACAAGGAACACUUGAAGAUCAACUUCACCGUCUUAAAGAAUACGAGCAAGCUGUCUAUCAAUACAAAGCCCAUCUUGAAGAGCUUGAAAAGAUUCACCAAAUGGUUCAAGAAGGCAUGAUCUUUGAAAAUCGGUAUACUCAAUACACAAUGGAAACUUUACGUGUUGGUUGGGAACAGUUAUUAACAUCUAUUAAUCGUAAUAUCAAUGAAGUCGAAAAUCAAAUUCUUACUCGUGAUUCUAAGGGUAUUACACAAGAGCAGCUUAAUGAAUUCCGAAGCAGUUUCAAUCAUUUCGAUAAAAAUCGAACGGGUCGAUUAGCUCCUGAAGAGUUUAAAUCAUGCCUGGUAUCGUUGGGUUACUCUAUUGGCAAAGAUCGUCAAGGAGAUAUUGAUUUCCAACGUAUUCUUGCUAUCGUCGAUCCCAAUAAUUCAGGAUAUGUACAGUUUGAUGCUUUCCUAGACUUUAUGACUCGAGAGUCUACAGAUACUGAUACUGCCGAACAAGUUAUUGACAGUUUCCGUAUUCUCGCUGGUGACAAGCCAUACAUCUUGGCUGAUGAGUUAAGGAGAGAAUUGCCACCAGAUCAAGCGGAAUACUGUAUUCAACGAAUGCCACCCUACAAAGGACCUAAUGCUCAACCUGGAGCACUUGAUUACCGCUCAUUUUCAACGGCCCUUUAUGGAGAAUCUGAUCUUUAAAGUAUAAAGACUUUAAAAACCCAUUAAGAUCAUUUUUACACAUUUACAUAUCGACAUAAACGUUGACAAUUUCAUUGAUUUAUAACAGAAAAAAAUAGUUGAAUUUAAAAUCACUUCACCAUGCAUCGCUUCAAUGCGUAUUUUUAAGUACGCAAAAAGCUUCCAUACGUCUAAAAAUAUUACCGUAUGAUGAAUAAAAUCAUACCGAUACAUACGAAUAUUAGUCAAUAACGAGCGCCUAUUGAAGAAUAUAAUCAAUGCCAUAUUUGAGCCAAAUAUUUUUAAUUGGUUUUGAUAAUUUUUUGAGAGAAUCAAUUAAUUUCUAUUAUAACAAAUUCUUUUAACAUUUUUAAGAUACAUCAGUCUAAUACGAGACUGAAAAAAAAUAUUAAUGAUAUAUAAUGAUAAAUUUCAUUAAGAAAUAUAAAUCAAAUCAAUUCGAUAAUUUUUAUUAUAAAAAGUUUAAAUGUGCUCGAUA